GAGCCCAUAAACGAAAGCCCAUGAAAUCUUCCGACUCGUGCGCGCCAACCUUUUCGUUGCUCGCUCACCGACCGGCGCCAUCACUCGCUGAAAUUUCUUUUCCCAAUCCAGUUCAUUCUGCCGCCCUCCAAUAGUCCAAUCCGGCCACCCCAAUGCCGUCACGGUCGGGCUCCCGGGGCAGGCGGCCGCGGCCGGCCCCAGAGGUGGCUGCUCCCACGGCUGUACAAGUGAGCUCGUCCGGCUCGAGUGAGGAAGGGAGCGAUGAGGAGGAGGAGGAGGAGGGGAGCGAGGGAUCCGGUGACGGUGCGAGGAGCCCGGGCGGCUCUGCCAGCAAGUAUAAGGCGGCGGAGAGUGAAGCCGAGGCGGAGGACCCAUGCCUUCCCAGCUGCCCCAUUUGUAUGGUCGCGUGGAGCGCGAUGCUGACGUGGGUAUCGUAGCUUGCAUGUAGCCGGGCUCAAAUUCUGGGCCGUCCAUGCUUGCAUUGCGUUGCAUGUGGGUGGGUGACCCGUGGGGAUUGCCGUCGAUUUCGUGCCUUCCCAGACACGGCCACUGCAUGGCCUCCACUCUCCCUCCCGUAAAUCUUCUCCGAGGCGAGGGCCCAGCUUCACACACACUGUAAAUUUGUAGAUCGUCUCCGAGGCGAGGAGAGAGAGAGAGAGAGAGAGAGAGAGAGAGAGAGAGAGAGAGAGAGAGAGAGAGAGAGAGAGAGGAGAGAGAGGGACAGGAUGCCCCGCAGCGGCAUUUCGGGGACCCUCAGGUCGCCCCAGAUCGACGUGGUCAUCGACACGGGGAACCCCUUCCUGAACCGCACCGUCGACGGCUUCCUCAAGAUCGGCGCCGUCGGCGCCUGCAAGGUGGCGGCCGAGGAGACCUUCGACUGCCUCCACAGGGGGGAUGUUUCAAAGCGCAAGGUUGAGCAUGCCCUGAAGAAGAUGUGCAAGGAGGGCGCAUAUUGGGGGACUGUUGCUGGCGUCUACGUGGGCGUGGUGUAUGGCGUGGAGAGGGUCCGUGGGCGCAGUGACUGGAAGAACGCGAUGGUCGGAGGCGCCUUGUCCGGCGCGCUGGUCUCCGCCGCCAGCAGCAACCACGGAGACAAGAUCGUCAAGGACGCCAUCACCGCCGGCGCCGUCGCAACGGCCGUCGAGUUCGCCAACUACCUCACCUAGCUGAGCAAACUGCAUCUGCAGCGCCGCUGUUCAUAAGCCAGCGUCUUCAGGCUUCGUUUCUUCUGACAGGCAGGCAGCAGUUUUGCUUUGCGUGAGUGUCUCCUGAAUCCGUUGCCUCUGCGGUUCGCAAAUGCAGCCGGGGGGUUGGAGCUGGAGCCGUAGCUACGGACAAACAAAAAUCACAUUACGCAAUUGUUUCAGACCUAAUAAGACACUGCCUGCAAUUUGCCAAAACUUGGUUUCGGAGUUCCAAAAUAAACUUGUAAUGUUAGCCACGGUGUACGUAUAAGGCCUUUUGUAUUGCCAUUUUUGUUAUUAUGUUUUGCUUCUUCCUUUUUUUUAUGAUUAUGAAACAGGGGCGUUGUUUGUUGUUUC